CGUUAAACACACCAACACACAACUUUUCUACUCAGGACUUUAGUUUUCCGAAAUUGGGAUGGUUGACUCCAAUUUCAGGAGCUGAAGCUGUUUCCAAAUCUAACAUUGCUCAAAAUGUAUAGCCCAGGAUUCAGCUUUAUGAUCAAUGCUUGCAUUUUGUUGUCAUUGAUGUCUUUAAUUUCUUCCCUGGAACCCCAACUUGGAUCCACCCGCGUUGUCUUUCAGACAAAUUAUGGGGAUAUUGAAUUUGGUUUCUUUCCCACUGUUGCACCCAAAACUGUUGAUCACAUCUUUAAGCUUGUCAGACUUGGAGGCUAUAACACUAACCAUUUCUUUCGGGUGGAUAAGGGGUUUGUGGCCCAAGUAGCAGAUGUUAUGGGUGGAAGAUCUGCUCCAAUGAAUGAGGAACAAAGAAAAGAAGCUGAAAAGACUGUUGUUGGUGAAUUUAGCGAAGUCAAACAUGUUCGUGGUAUUCUUUCUAUGGGAAGGUAUGAUGAUCCAGACAGUGGUUCAUCCUCAUUCUCGAUACUACUUGGAAAUGCUCCUCAUCUCGACGGCACGUAUGCAAUAUUUGGAAGAGUUACUAAAGGUGAUGAUACAUUGAAAAAGCUUGAGCAGCUGCCUACCCGUAAAGAGGGUAUAUUUGUAAUGCCAACAGAACGCAUCACGAUUCUGUCAUCGUAUUACUAUGACACGGAGACAGAAAAUUGUGAGCAAGAUAGAACGAUAUUGAAGCGCAGGUUAGCUGCGUCCGCUGUUGAAGUUGAAAAACAGAGGAUGAAAUGCUUCCCUUGAUGAGAGCACAAGCAAGAUAAAUAUAAUGUAGUAAUGAGUAUCAUUCAUACUGCCCCUUUUUUUUUAUAAAAAUUUAUGAGCAUUAUGUUUAUGUACCCUUUUUCUUAACGUCAAAGCAAAAAUAUUGGAUUAGUGUGUUA